AUGGUGAAUUCAACGUUAACUGCACAUAAUCGAAUCGAAUAUAUUGGUUCAGAACGCAUUUGCAAUGGUGAAAAUGUGCCCAAAGAAUUGUUCUGUCCGAUAUGUUCUGGUUUAUUAUGGCGACCACAUUCUUGUGGAUCAUGUCAAAAUCUUUUUUGUGAAAGUUGUAUUUCGAAAUGGCUUCGAACAAAUACGAGAUGUCCAUUUGGCUGUGCAAAAUAUCAAGAUCGACGAUGUUCACCACAAAUUCGAUGUCUUUUAUCGAAUAUUGCUAUUCGAUGUCAAAGUACUCCAUUUGGUUGUGAACAAAUACGAUCUUAUGAUACAUUAGAAGCACAUCAAUUAAAUGAAUGUCAAUAUUCAUCUAUUCGAUGUCGAUAUUGUGAACAUCUAAUGUUGACUGAAGGAAUCGAAACUCAUGAACAAGAAUGUGGUCAACAGAUCGGUAGUUGUCAUAAAUGUAAUCAGCGUUUUCCUCUAUAUCUGUUAGAACAACAUUUGACUACUUGUGGGGUUAACGAUCGACAACAACCUUUGCAACAGUUUCUUCUUCCUAUUGUGAACACAGAUGCUGAACAAGAAAUACAAAGGAAAUAUGCUAAUUUACCAUGGUAUCGUCGUAUAUCAUCUUUAAUUUAUCUUAUUUUGACGAACCCAUUCGAUGCUUUACAUAUUAUUUUCAUCAUAAUGUUUACUGGCUUUUUCUUUCUCGUGGGGCUUGUUAUCGGAGGAUUUGUUAUGGUCUUUGUUUAUUUAUUUGGAAACAUAUUCGUUGGUCUUAUUUCGGUGAUUUUCUUCACUGGACUUCUCCAUUCCAUUGUACCGUGGAUUUUAAGUUUGAUCAAUGAUAGUUCGGUGAUUUUAUUUUCUGCUCUUACCUGUUUCUUCGUGGGAUGUUCAGCUAUUUAUGCCAAUGCUCAUCUCUUGCAAAAUAAGUUUCCAGUCAAACUACUGUUGUCCAUGUAUAUCGGAGCACCUGUCGCGACAAAAAUCAUCUUGGUUCUCAUUCGUUUGUAUUUCCUAUGGAUACCAACUUCCGUAACAGCAACUUUUACCACCACGUGCGGUAUUUUUAUUACCUUAAUAUUUCGAUACUUUUCUUCGUUGCGGCAACCAUCAUAG